GCUUGCGGCGCGGGGGUCUAGUCAGCCCUGCCACUUGCUCUGCCCGCCGGGUGAGGAGCUGCGCCGCCGGCCGAACGCGGGACUCUGCCCCGGGGAAAGCUGGGCGAAGGGACUGGGCUAUGGCUCCACGAGGAGUUCAGAGCUCCGCCAUCCUCGCCGCUGCCGUCUUCGUGGGAGGCGUCGUGAGUUCGCCGCUGGCGGCGUCUGACAAUGGUGGCAGCCACAUGUUGCACUCGAGGACAGAGACGACCCCGUCACCUGCUAACAGUACUGGGAAUGGACACCCAGAGUACAUUGCAUAUGCGCUUGUCCCUGUGUUCUUCAUCAUGGGUCUUUUUGGCGUCCUCAUCUGUCACCUGCUUAAGAAGAAAGGCUAUCGUUGUACCACAGAGGCUGAGCAAGAUAUCGAACAGGAAAAGGCUGAAAAGAUAGAACUGAAUGACAGCAUUAAUGAAAAUAGUGACACUGUUGGGCAGAUUGUCCACUACAUCAUGAAAAAUGAAGCAAAUGUGGAUGUUUUGAAGGCGAUGGUAGCAGACAACAGCAUGGCUGAUGCUGAAAGCCCCCUGACUCCCAGCACCCCUGGGAGCCCUCCUGUGAGUCCUGGGCCCUUGUCACCGGGAGCCACCCCAGGGAAGCAUGUCUGUGGCCACCAUCUGCACACUGUGGGCGGAGCUGUCGAGCGGGACGUGUGUCAGCGGUGCAGGCACAAGCGGUGGCACUUCAUAAAGCCCACUAACAAGUCCAGAGAGGCCCGACCACGACGCCAAGGGGAGGUCACUGUCCUCUCUGUCGGCAGAUUUAGAGUCACAAAAGUGGAACACAAGCCAAACCAGAAGGACCGGAGAAGUUUGAUGUCUGUUAGCGGGACUGAGAGUGUUAAUGGGGAGGCGCCUGUGACUCCUGUGAACAGAGAUCCAAGUGGUGCAGAGUAGCAGUGAGGACUUUAUUUGAAGAGUCCUGAGAGACUGAACAUUUACAAGCUAUGAAGUUGCCUAAGGAAUAUUUUUAUAUAUUUUGUAGUUCCUAUCAUGAUGCCAGCCAGGAUGUGGACACAGCCUAAAAGGGAAUAUUGUUGCUGCACUGGUUACACAACUGUUUGCUUUGAAAACAGUUUUAGUUUUAAAAAGUCUGGUGAAAAAUUCGUUACAUUCCUACAAAAGGAAAGAAUUCAUUCUUUUAUCUUGUCACGCACCCCCAGUCACCCCCUUUCCCAGUCGCCAAGCUCUGGUCUUGGUGUCCACCCUGCGGCUUUCCCCUUAGGACCACUAUGUAAUGUGGAGAGGAACUGUUUGUGUGCAGUGUGAGCUCAUGCUGUGUGUGUGUGUGUGUUGCUAUUACCCUAAACCUUAUAUCCCAUUUUUAUUUUUGUUGUAAGGUGAUCUUUGUACAUAAUUUGGCUGUUACAAAAGAUGAAUCUUUUGUGGCAGAAAAUCCUGGAAAAUAAUCUAAUCUAGCACUGAGAAAGUGACCCCUUGAAGGUCAUAGAGUCUGAUGGGGUUGGAUGCUGGGCCAGGCAGGAACUUGGCAUUCACUCCUGCUCCCAUCACGCCCUUCCUUGGGUGCUCACAAAAUACUGAGGGAAUUUUCUGUUUUGUUUUGACUUAAUCAAUUGUUUUUUUUUUUUUAACUCCAUGGAAUAAAGGGGGAAAUGGCUUAAAUUCACUAAAAAAAUAUGACAAACUGAGCCCAAAACAAAACAACCAUCUCUCUCAUGCAACACAGGUCCAUGCGACCUCUGUGUGUUUCCCUUGUGCAGCUGCUUCUCGUCUCCUAACUCACGCUUGGUAUUUAAGAUACUUAGUGGCUUCUUUCCUUGCAGGCCUGGAAACAUUCAUUCUUUCUCACCCUCCCUUUGUGUCUCUCUGUCUUUCUCUGUCCAACUCUCCCUGUCUCUGUCCUCUGUCUCUUGUCUCUUUGUCUCUGUCAGUCUCUGUCUCUUUGUCUCUCUGACUCUGUUUCUCUGUAUCUGUCUCUGUAGCUUUAUACUUCAUAAACGACCUGAAAGAAUACAGAGGCAAAAGAUAGUAUUUUCAGUAGAUCUGGGGUGAGGGGUCAGGAAAUCUCCAAGACUAGACUCCUGCCUCUAUGUCAGUGUUGGUAAUGCACCUUGAAUACUUCUUUUCUUUCAAAGAGAAAAAGCACCUUUCUCAUUUGGCUCCUGAAAAUAUGAUUUCCAUAAAAAUGUACUUCAAAGUAUUUACUAUAAAUACCUGUUUUUAAUUCUGUUUCUUGCAUCAAACUAAAAAUAUAUAACCUUUUCGGUGAAUGGUAGAGUCAGUUUCAUGUGACUUCUUCCUGACCACUAGUAAACAGCAUCUUGCAUAGCCUCAUCUACAUGGCGGAAGAGAAGUCAGCAUAGGAGUGAGUUUCAUGGCUGUCCAGAAAGUCCCCGUCUGGGGAUCUUGGGGUGUGCAUUAGUGUAAAUAAUACACAUGCUAUCUAGGCCAGUUGUUUUUCUUUAAAAAUAAAAUCCAUAAUUUUUUGCUUAAGAUAUUCAUAUACUCUGCCUUCUAAAUGUUGAGGGAUAAAAAUGUAAGAUAUUCUGCAGCUUUAUUUUUUUAAUUUUAUUCAAGUCAGAGCACUUUUAUAGCAAUAUAAGCAAACCAAGAGAAUACUCAAAAUAUUUAAAACUGUAUUUAUACUGAGAGUACAUUUUAAAUAUUUUCUCAUACUUGAGCAGUUUUUGUCUGGCUGGCUUCCAAAUAUGCCAAAAGUUAAGCAUUCACUAUUUUCAACACAUAAGCUUUUUACUCGUUUGUACUAUCUGAUGAGAAUUCUUAAGUGUUCCCAAAGCAACUGAUGUUUACAGCUCAUGUGUUUUUCCUCCUUCUCAGAAGGAUCAGGGACCCACAAUGAACUCACUGUACAAAACACUAAUGCCAGAUACAGCUUCUUGAUGUAAUAAAUGCAUUGGCUACCACCUUGAUGUAAAAAGUUUGUAAAGGAAAUUUUUCAGUGUCUUGAAUGUCAAAUGUAUUUUUAACUGUCUGGUUUGUACUUUUACAACUUUUGUACUACCAAAGCAGAGUUAAAAAUAAAAAAUAAAAAUAAAAAACUUAAACUUAAAAA